AUGUCUACUACACUCUUCUCAAAGCGUCUUUCUAAAGAAUUAAUCGAUCUUAAAAUCAAUCCACCGGCGGGAAUCGAAGUUACAGAAUCCGACACGUUCAAAUGUUGGAAAUUAUCCCUUGACGGCGUUGAGGGAACUUUAUACGCAGGUGAACGGUUUACCUUGGAAUUUCGAUUCACACCAAACUAUCCAAUGGAAUCUCCAGAAGUUGUUUUCGUUGGAAACAUACCAAUACACCCACAUAUAUACAGCAAUGGUCACAUAUGCUUGAACGUCUUGUAUAAUCAAUGGAGUCCUGUAUUGAGCGUUAGAUCUGUCUGCCUUUCAAUACAGUCAAUGUUAUCAAGCUGUACAACCAAGGAACCGCCACCGGAUAAUAACCACUAUGUAAAGACCGCAAAAGCUUCUCCAAAACAAACUCAAUGGUCCUUCCACGAUGAUUCUGUCUAA